CUUAAAUGAGACCCUAUUGAUACGUGCACCUUUGCCUUUCUUACCAUGACCAUUUCAGUCAAGCUCUUGUCACUACAUGUAUCCUUGACUAUUUCUUUGCCUGAUUGUGAUAUCAACGUGUGCCGUGAAUCCAUUCGCGAUUAUUUUCCUGACAAUGCAUCAUUGAUUGUGGAAGAAGUAACCAUCACCACCAUCACUACCACUACCACGAAAAAGCCAGAUGGCUCCAAAUCAAAAUCGACUAAAAAGGAAACCACUUGGGCAACACAUGCCAAACUUUCGAAAUAAAUCCAAAAGAAAAAAAAAAUAGUUAAUUAGUUAGUUAGAUAUUGUAGAUAGGUAAGUCAGAAUUUAAUAUGAUUUAAGGAACGUUUUAUGAUUAUCAUUCAUUCUUUUCUUUACCAAAAAUGAAUUCAAGAAUCACUAAAAAAAAAAAGGGACGUGCGGUCAUUUGUCCUUUCUUUAGAUAUUGAAGUUCAAAAGAAAGUUUAUUCGUGAAACUACCCACACCAAACAAGAUUUCAAGGAGUGAAGGGACCAUCAUCAUAUCUUGAGAGAAUGAUCAUUGAUUCUACUUGGAAUGUUUUUUUUUGUGUUGAUUCAUUUGCCCUGAGAUGUUUGUUUGUAAAUGAAUCAUCUCCUUUUUCUUUUUUUUUUUUUUUU